CAUAGUGCAUUUGUUCAUUCGUUCGGUGGACGCCACCCGGUAAACUUGUGCUUCGUAUUCGUGUGAAACUUCGGUCAGGUUCUGCCUUGCAAUAAAAUUAGGGAAUUCUUCUAAUUUCCACCAAAAGUAAAAAACAACGCGCUUCUUUGUUACUCUUCUAAGUGAUUUUAAACUCUUUAACAAAUAAAAUGUCUGACAAACAAGAAAAUGGAAGCUACAACGAUGACGAGCCCAUCUCCGAGCCCGAGCAACUGCGUAAAUUGUUCAUUGGCGGCCUUGACUACCGUACCACAGACGAAGGUUUGAAAGCCCAUUUCGAAAAAUGGGGCAACAUUGUCGAUGUUGUUGUAAUGAAAGAUCCCAAAACCAAGCGUUCUCGUGGUUUUGGUUUCAUCACCUACUCGCAUUCGUACAUGAUUGAUAAUGCCCAAAAUGCCCGGCCCCACAAAAUCGAUGGCCGUACCGUUGAACCCAAACGUGCCGUACCACGCCAAGACAUUGACAAUCCCAAUGCCGGUGCCACUGUCAAGAAAUUGUUUGUUGGUGGCCUGCGUGAAGAUCACGACGAAGAAUGCUUGCGUGAAUAUUUCAAGAGCUACGGCAACAUUUUGGGCAUCAACAUUGUUUCGGACAAGGAGACCGGCAAGAAACGCGGUUUCGCUUUUGUCGAAUUUGACGACUAUGAUCCAGUGGACAAGAUCAUUUUGCAAAAGUCCCACACCAUUAAGAACAAAAACCUUGAUGUGAAGAAAGCCAUAGCCAAACAAGAUAUGGACCGUCAAGGCGGCGGCGGUGGUGGCGGCAACCAGGGUGGUGGUCGUGGCGGUCCCCAAGGCGGCCGUGGUGGACGUAGCAAUGAUCGUGGUGGCAACCAAGGUGGCUGGGGAGGUAAUCGCCAAAAUGGUGGCAACUGGGGUGGCAAUAACUUUGGUAACAGUGGUAACUUUGGCGGUGGUCAAGGUGGCGGCCCCGGAGGCUGGAAUAGCCAGCCCGCUCCUUGGAAUAACCAAGGAGGAGGUAAUAACUGGAAUGGCAACGAUGCUGGAUUUGGUGGACCACAAGCCAAUGGUGGUGGCAGUGGCGGCUGGGGUAAUAAUGGCGGCGGCGGCAACUUUGGAAAUGAUUACCAACAAAGUUAUGGAGGUGGUCCACAACGUAAUAACUUUGGAAACAACAGACCGGCGCCAUAUGGCUUCAACAAGGGUGGUAACCAAGGUGGCAAUCAGGCUGGUGGUGGUGGUUUUGGUGGCAACAACUACAACAGUGGUGGUGGCCCCGGCGGUAAUAUGGGUGGCGGCGGUGGAAAUAGAAGAUACUAAGUUAAGGUAUAAUAUAGCAAAAACAAAAACUAUCAAGCAAAAACAGAAAGAGGCAGGCAGGCAGGAAAUACAAGGCAAGGAUAAACAAACAAGAACAAGAGGAUGAAGGAAGAAUUUAAGAAACACUAGGCUCUCAAACAUACAUGCAAGGCAGACAAACUGACAGGCAGGCAGACAGGCAUAUAUCUAAAUUAUAGCAGAUACUAAGUAAGCCCAAGUUGUUGUAAUCAUCAUCUCCAAUGAGAUGUGUUACUAUAAUAUAUACAAAACUGUGUAUGUGGUCAGCCUGUGUAGUAUUGAGAUUGUUGCAGUUGAGAAAAGAAAGAAAGAAAGAAAACGAAAGCCCUCGUAUACUAUCUAUAUAUUAACAUCUUCCCUUACACGGAGAUUGUGAUCUCCGGACGUCGCAUCUUGUUCCUUUUAUUACCCAGCUUUCUGUAGGCUAGCAAGCAUUGUCUCUUUACACACAUAAUAAGAAUUAUUUAUAACAGAAAAUAAUUGACACUCCUCCUCCUAUAUAUAUGCAUUAAAACUUGUGUGACAACUAAGAUUUAAAGAAUUUACUGUUGUGCCCCCAAAAAAUGAAAACACCACCACAAGUACAUUUAUAUAUAAUUCGUAGUUUAGUUGUAGUAAUAUGUAUUAUUUUAUAUUUCAACUUCACAACAACAACAAAUAUAACUAGCAUUCAUUUUACAAAAGAUAAAGCUAAGAGGUUUCUCUAUAUUUGAGAAAUCCUAGGAAGAAUAAUGUUUUAACACUUCAAACCACCAAUUGUGAUAUGUUUCUGGAUAUAAAAAUGGCAAAGAUACAAGAUUAAGAUGUGGAAAUUAAGUAACAUUUCAUGCAGCAUUAAGCAGUAAGACAGUAUAUAUCGGUCUUGAACAAACAUCUGCAUUUUAAUCUCAAACACAUUUUUUAUACCCAAAAACUUAUCGCAAAUUUUUCAUCUAGUUCCAAUUACCUAUUUUUUUUAAUUCUACAUAAAUUGGUAUUUGAAUAGUCUACUGUCUUUAAGGAUUUUUUCAUGUGAAAAUAUAAAAGAAAAUCUAUACCAAAACUAUUUUUAGAUUUAAGAAUUUUCAAUAUACUUAACGGAGAAAAAAGGAAUGAUAAGUGGAUGAAGAGUAGAAGACAGCAGCCAACCCCUUUUUGUGUAAAAUUUAACAACUUCAUAGACUAGUUCUUUUUGACGUAUAUUUUGGUUGUCCUUAAAGUAAACAACAAUGCAGGUCAGCAGCAGCAGUGAAACUUAAUUUGAGACUGUCAUUUUUUUAGUUUUAUUAAAAAAAAUCUAAGCAAACAAUAACUAGUUGAUGAUGGACUGAUGUGUGAUGGUCACAUUUUUUUGUGUAUUUCGGAAAAUGUCAAGAAAGGCUUCUUUCCGUAACUACAAGAGGUAAAGGAGUUUCUUUUAUAGCAUUUAAGUAAGAUCUUUAGCAAAUAAGGAGAGAAAACUCAAAAUAAAAAUUAAAAAAAAAAAACAACAAUUCAAGACAAAAAUAAAACAAACAACAAAAUGUA